UAUUUUCCCCUCUCCGCGCAGGGGCCGCAGUUACAUAGCGCUAUUUUUUUAUUUGUUCGCCUCAUAUAUACAAUUCUAUAUAUAUUUAUACACUCGAGCAUGGAGUUGAACUCUCUGUUAAUCCUCCUGGAGGCAGCUGAAUAUUUGGAGAGAAGAGACCGAGGUAUUUGUCACGGACAGCAGACCCGCGCACACACACACCGGGAAGCAGAACACGGCUAUGCGUCCGUGUUGCCUUUCCACAGCGACUAUUCCAUGAAGAAAACCAAAGCAGCCUCAAUCUCUAGAAAGUCUCAGAAUAACAGGUCAUCGCACAAUGAACUAGAGAAACACAGACGAGCAAAACUCCGACUAUAUUUGGAGCAGCUAAAGCAGCUGGUGCCGCUCGGGCCAGAUAGCAACAGACAUACCACUUUAAGCCUAUUAAAAAGAGCAAAAAUGCACAUUAAGAAACUAGAAGAACAGGACCGAAAAGCACUCAAUAUCAAGGAGCAGCUACAAAGAGAACAUCGCUACCUCAAGCGCCGUUUAGAGCAGCUUUCUGUGCAUGGGAUAGAGCGCAUGCGCACGGACAGCAUGGGCUCUGUCAUGUCCACUGACUCCGAGCAAGAAGUGGACAUUGAAGGCAUGGAGUUUACACCGGGAGAAAUGGACAGUAUUGGCAGCUCCAGUGACGUGGAAGACCACUACAGUUUGCAGAGCGGCUCCAGCGGAAGUGGCUACACGCAUUCCCUGAGACUCACAGCCAGGCUUACAUAGUGGCCAAAAUACUGGACCAACUCAGGACCAUCCGGCUGAAGGCACUUAUAUCAAGAAAACAAAAAAAAAAACUUAAAAAAAAAAAAAAAAGAAAGAA